AUGGCUCACGCAAAGGGCAACAAUGUGCCGGAUGCAAAGGAUGGACACCGACAAACGUUCGAGUGCUCGGAGGACGAGGAGGUGUCGAUGAUAUUCGGGUUCGAGGAGAACGACGCGCGGCAGAAGCUGAACAGCUUCCCGAAGUGCUCGCGCCUUGUGAUCAGUCCCGAUUUGCAAGCGGAGCUGGGCAUGGAGAUCGGCAGCGCGGUGAGCGUGGAGCACCCGUGGCGGGAGAUCAAGAAGGAAGUGCUGGAGGAGCACCUGCCGGGCAAGACGAAGGUGCAGCGGGUGCUGAAGGACAGGCUGCGCGACCUGGAGCCGGGCCGGCUGGUGCUGAUGGGCUACCUGGCCGACCAGAGCACCGAGGAGGAGAACGUGUUCGCCGUGUUCACCGACCAGCGGGAGACGCGGGAGGCGCGCGAGCUGAUCCGCCGGCUCGAGCUGGUGGAGCGGCUGUGGGCGGCGGCCGCGAUGCGGAAGAAGGCCCGCCGCUGGCAGUCGCGCGACAGCGAGCGGGACGUCGAGAACUUCAUCCCCAAGCAGCGCACCAACGUGGUGAACGUCGAGUCGCAGAGCAUCUUUCCGGCGCAGCGGGCCGGCUCGUGCCGCUUCCGGCUGCGGCUGGUGGGGGACGCGCGGGACGGCUACGUGGCGCUCGUGCCGAAGGGCGCGUUCCGCAACAUCGUGCGCAAGUCGAUCGACUUCGGCGUGCAGCUGCGCCCGCAGAAGGUGCACAAGUUCCAGCAGACCGAUCCCACCUUCCCGACCAACGCCUGGUCGCAGUACCUGUACGAGAUCGGCCACGAGCAGCGCACGGCAACCGCGUCGACCCAGCUCGGCACCGGACCGGCAGCGUCGAGUGGUGCGCCGCAGCAGGACAAGCAGGGCCGGGCCGGGACGCAGGCCAGUGACCACGCGGUGCAGCUGCUCGACACGCUCGAGUUCAACCAGAUCGACAUGUACCGGAACGACUAUCCGAUCAUCUCGCGGCGCAAAGCGAUCGCCAAGUACGAGACGCCGCUCGUCGGCGAGACGAUGUGCUUCAUGGAGCGGGCCACCUGCGCCAACCGGCACGUGUCCGCCAUCGAGUGGCACCCGACGCUGGCCGGCUCGUUCGUGGCCGCCUACGUGCGCCACAUCCCGAGCGUGCUGGCGGCGGGAGCCGCGAGUGGGCGCACCGACGAGGACACCGUCAACCGGCUGGUGUUCGAGAAGUGCCCGGUGCUGGCGUGGAACUUCGACGAGUCGCUCGUCCCCAAGCUGUGGUUCGACUCGCCGCGCGAGGUGACGGCGCUGUCCUUCUGCCCGUACGACGAGCGGCUGCUCGUGGGCGGGCUGGCCAGCGGACAGCUGGCCAUCUGGGAGCUGACGGACGCCCAGCUGGAGCACGCGGGUCCACGCGCCCCGGAGCGCGACGCCAGGGCGGCGGGGCUCAAUCACCACCACCACCACCACCACCACCACCACCAUCAUCACCAUCACCAUCAACACCAGUCGUACCGGAGUGAGAUCAAGGCGCUGCUGGGUAAUGCGACGCCCGGCUCGCGUCUCGCACGCGCGGCUCCGGGCGGCGCCCACCAGCCGCAGCCGGCCACCGGAGGGACACCGGAGGGGCCGUGGCACGUGCGCCCGGUUGCCAUCAGCGCCCUCGAGCGGUCGGCACGCAAACCGAUCACCGUGAUCCGCUGGCUGCCGCCGAGCUACCACUGCGCCCCGACAGGCCAGCUGCGCGUGAAGGGGCCGGAGGAGAAGCGGGGCCGCGUCCUGCUGACGGGCGCGCUGGACGGCAGCGUCUGCCUCUGGGACCUGGACCAGUCCGUGUCGCAGGUGUCGCAGACACACGAGGACAAGGACAAGGGCGACGCCGAAGGCGAACCCAUCGGCACGGGGAGUGCGGCACGCGAGCGGGGCGAGGGCGGCACGCGGGCGACCGGCAUGGCCUGCCUGAACAACGUGCUGCAGCCAACGUUUCGCGUCCGCUGCGAGACGCCCAUCGUGGCGCUCGCGCUCGACGAACCACCGGCAACCGGAUGUCGCAUGGCGUUCGUCUUCGGCACGCUGCUGGGCGGCCUCUGCUGGGGCAAGUGGGAUGGGUACGAGUUCGAUCAGGGUGCGACCGUCAACGAGGAGCCGGUCCGCGAGCUGGACACGUUCGCGCCGGUCCACGACGGGCCGCUGGUGGCGAUCGCGCGCAACACCUUCGUGCCGGAGGUGCUGCUGACCGCCGGCGGCACCGUGCUCGCCCUCUGGACGGCCGACUGCCACCAGUCGCCGGUCUUCUGGCGCUGCAAGCCGGCCAUCGUGACCGCCUGCGCCUGGAGCCUCGACCGUCCGUCCGUGUUCUUUGUCGGGCUGGCCAACGGCGACUUCGAGAUCUGGGACCUGCAAAUAAACACGUCGACCGCCUGCGUAGCACUCAACCUCGGCGCAAAUAUCCUGUCAAUCAUCACGCAGCAGCAGCAGCAGCAGCAACAACAGCGGGGCAGCGUGCAGCGACACCUGGCAGUCGCGGACGGAAACUGCAACGUGCGGCUGCUCAGCAUCCCGGCGGCCUUCGGUGAGCCGCGCCCGAGCGAACGGCGGCGCUUCCGGCAGCUGAUCCGGGCGGAGCUGGCGCGCAAGCACGAGCAGCAGGCCUGGGUGCAGCGCUACUACGAGCAGAACCGCGAGCAGAUCGAGGCGAGGCUGCGCGCCGAGCGGGAGGCUCGCGAGCUGGCCGAGCGGCUCGAGGUGGAGAAGCAGGAGCAUGACGACUUCCUGCGCCGGCAGGCGCUCGAGGAGGCGAAGAAGAAGGCGCUGCGGGACGCGGAGAAGCGCGUGGACCUAAGCAGGCGGCUCGAGUGUCGGUGGCGCUCGCGCUAUUACCGUGCGCUCAUCCGCACGAUGAUGGCCCGGCGCCACCUGAGCCCGGAGCUGCUCGCCAAGCAGAUGCACCCGGAGCGGGAGCGGCGCCGGUACGACGUGCGCAAGCGGGCCACCAUCGGCGAGAGCGUGGCGGCGGCGCCGGACGACUACCGGCGCGUCCAGCGCACGCUGGGGCCGCCGGGACAGGCCGGAUCCGCCGAAGGACACGGUACGGUGGAGGACGGUGCCGGCGGGGGGCAGGAGCGGGCGCGGCUGCGGGAGACGGUGCGGGCGCGCUUCCGGGAGGAGCUGGCCGACUACCCGCGCGUCAGCUGGGAGGCGAAGGAGGUGCUGCGUGUGUUCCAGCUGCCGCUCGACCUCGACAACUUCGCGAGCAUCGUGGCGAAGGGGCGGGCGCGCCGCCAGCUCGUCCUCUCCGACGACCACGGCAACAUGGAGCACCUGCAGGCGUACCUGGCGAAGCAGGCGGCCCGCGGGUCCGGCGGCGUUCGGGUGAACGGACUCGGGCCGGCCACCGGCGACGACACCGAAAGCACCGUUACUAACGGCAGUCCGGACGUUCCGGGAACCCGGGCCACGGUCGGCCUGCAGAGGGCGCGCUCGGUCACGUUCAUCGACGACGUGCCGGACGUGGGCCGCGAGAAGGCGACCGCGAUGGCGACGGCGACGGCUGGCACGGAGCAGCAGAGCUAAUCGAUCAACGCCGACCAACGGUACACAUCGGGCGAUUGGGGCUACCACUCAGGUCCCGUUACAUCGCCCGCGGGACACUCAGUAUGGGCGGCACGCCUCAAUUCCAGACUAUUUCGGCUGUCCGAGCCGUAUGACGUAAGGAACGAACGCCGACAACGGCGGUAUGUAGGUCGCAGGAGAAAACUUCGGGCAAAAGGUACACCGCUGUCGCUAUUCUUCCACGUACACAGACCACGAACCAAUUAAUCCAACAAGUUUAGCUAUAGCCGCAAAGCACACGUCAGU